UGUGAUGAUGUGAUUUUCGAGGUGGACUUCAGUUUCAAUAACUAAUGUCAUGAGAAACAGAAUCUGCAGACACCACAGACCUCAAGAACACCACUGACAAGAUUGGAUGUAGAAAUGGAAGUUUCCGAAAUGAAUAGCAUCGAAACCAACCACCGUCUCACUUCAGCACUGGUGACUGUUACUCACAUCAAACUAGAAGACCUAUCAGAUCAUGAAGAUGCUGAUGAAGAUGGGGGAUGGAUUGCAGUAGAGGACUCUGACGGAGUAAACGUGAAUGAAGAAAAUCUGCAGGCUGACGGACAAGAACAGAGGGAAGCAGGGGAAAACUGUUCAUCACUGAAUGCUAAAACUAUUCAAACAUCAGGAACGGCAAGCAGGAAGGUAGCUACUAGUGAGACUAACGAUUGCUUGAUUAAUGGUAGAGGUUCAGAGUUGAAUACGACAGAGAGUAACCUGCAUUUGGAUAAACAUGUUGCAAGAGCCAGGAAGUCUGUCAGAUCCACAAAAAUAUUACAUCCAUCAAGACUUCUUCCCAAUAGUGAUGUGCAAUGCAAGAAGGCUGAAUAUGGAUACCGAUCCGUUUACUUUUGUGAUAAAUGCAAUAGGACUUUUACCUCGAGAAUGCUCUAUGUGACGCAUGCAAGCCGUCAUGGGAGAGAUGUUAAAAGCGGGCGUUUUCAGAGAGCGGAGUUGGGGAGGGGGCAUUUGAAGGAAAGGAUAGUCGGUGAGAAGAUCAGGAGAGGAGACAUGGAGGACCCUAUGAAGGAGGAACAUGAGGAGAGAUUUGUAAUCGAAGAUGCUUCAGAAAUUCGUAAGCAGUUAGGGUUGAGGUUAAGACGGAGCCUGCCUGCCAGAUUCCGUAAUGGGGCUGAGAAUCUCGCCGACAACUUAAGUAAUGAUGGUAAUGAAACAUGUAGGAGAAGAAAGCAACUUGCACCGAGAGAAAAUGAGCAAAUCGCUAUCAAAGCAGAGAGCACCGAUGAUGACAGCUACUCUGGAGCUGAUGCCAAGGAAUGUGAAAUGAAGGCAGUGAUUCGACGGAUUCGGAAAGGGCGGCCGACGAAGGUGAAAACUGAUUUACCAAAUAAAUGUCCGCAGUGUGGUCGUUGCUUCAAGAAAAAAGCAGAUCUGCAACGACAUCUCCGCGUUCACUCUGGUGAGAAGCCGUACGGCUGUGAGCUCUGCAAUUUGCGCUUCACCAGGAACUUUGGACUGCAGUGCCAUAUGAGAACGCACGCGGGGUUGAAGAUACACUCUUGCAGUGCCUGCGGGAAAUCGUACAGCCGGCGAUACGAUCUCACGAAGCACGAGAGGGCUGUUCACAUGAGGGAACUCAAUCACGUCUGCGGUGAUUGCGACAAACGGUUCGUCACGGCGCAACUCCUGCGCGUUCACGAGAGGACGCACACCAACUCGCAGCCGUAUCUCUGCCAGGAGUGUGGCCAUAGGAGUAACCAUCGGAGUGAUCUUAAGAAACACAUGAGAACACACACCAACGAGAGACCUUAUUGCUGUCAGAUCUGUAAGAAAACCUUCCUACAGAGUGGGUCAUUGACCAGUCAUAUGUCACAUGCUCAUCAGAAUUAGAUGAAGAUCAAAGAUAACCUUGAUAGCAUGGCAAAGGACACAAAAUAUUUCUGGGCCCCGUUGCAUAAAACUCAUUAUCAAUAACAAAUGCUAAUUUUUCUAUGACCAAUUUUCUCUCGCCCAAUCAAGUGCCACCAUUUCAGUAGCUUAUAACAGCUUUUAUAACUUGUUAUUGAUAACAAGUUUUAUGAACCGGGGCCCAGAUAUUGAUGACCCUGUCCUAAAACUUUCAGUUUAAUGAAAUGUAAAAGUGCAACCC